GAGACGUCUCGUGCGCUGUGCUGCCGCUGUUGUUGUAGAAGCUCAUCUCGAGAAGCACAGCUGUCCUCCUUACGUCCUCCGGUUUAGUGUACGACGAAGACGCCGGUUCCGGCCGCCAGUAGUGUUGUGCGAUAAAAACGGAUUAAUCAGCGGAUUCGGAAGCCGCACGGACAUCACCGACCGUUUCCCGGAAGUGUGUUCCAGUGCGACGGGUGGGUGAUAUUCCAGCGCCGGUUGUUCGCCUAGAACGGGUUCGCUUCACUUUCUCGGUGCCUUCCUUCUGUACACAGUUGCAAGCAACUCAGACAACGACCGGAAGUGCAAUCGGUGGUGACGGUGAUGGUCAAAGGAUGACAUAAAACCAUAGAGAGCGAGAGAGAGAGAGAGAGAGAGUAGCGAGUGAUACACCACAGAUACUUCGCGAGUGAGUCACAUUACACAGUCCAAGUCCAUCCCGUGUUUGUGGAUUUUCCCCGUGAUUCCAGGCGAUCUAUACAUGCGUGUAAGUGUUUGCGUCCAUCUGAUGUGCCAGUGACCCCCGGAACCGUGGUUUACGCUCACGAUCCUGACCUUAUUAGAAGCCCACUCGUAGCAGCAGUCGCGUUCCCAGGGGAAGUGUUGCAGGAGAUAAAAGGAAAAAAAAAAGUAAAGUCCGAUAAGCAAACGUCACGACGGAUAGAGAGUCCGGCAAAGCGAGUCAAGUGUACGAGUCGCUCCAGUAACAUCGCAAUCGCGCGGCGGAAGCAGCAGAAGUGACCGUGUGGUGGGUGGAUGGGUGGUAGUGCCCUGUUUGUGACAUAAGAGAAGAGAGAAGAGAGAGAGAGAGAGAGCGUAAAAAAGGAAGGGAGAUCCCAGAGAAACCCUUUUCCGAAUUAUUGUUGAUACAGUCAGCUGUGGUGGAGGAUCGCAACGCAAGCAACAAGUAGAGGAAGUGUGGUUGUGCGCGUCCGUGUGCGUGACUGAGUUGUGUUGGCACUUGUCCUGUCUACCAACAACCCCCCCAAAAAAAUCCGAAUGUGGUCCGAGGCGAUGAGCAGCUUGGCCAAGAUGUAUCCCAAGCUCAGCCCCGUGGAACUGUCGGCGAUACUGAUGAAAGGUGCGGCAAUGUCUGCGUCACUGGAGCGUGACUCCGGUUUCAACUCGGGCAGCUCCGAGCACGAGGAUGAUCUGAAAUCGCUCGAUCAGAGCUCCCGCGAUGGGCUGAUCAGCCCGGAGAACAGCUCCGAGGAUUCGGUCGAGGUGAAGCUACCGCCCUCCUCACCGUCCGCAACGACAGCAACGUCCGCCUCAGCGACACCAUCCUUAUCAGCACCACAAUCAGUGGCCGUGGCGUUGGUGAAGAACAAACGCAAAAGCUCGGAACCGUUGCGUGUGGUGGCGGAAACGGAGCUGUUGGCACCGCUCAAGAAGCGCAUCCGGUACGAUCAACAAGCCCAGGUGCAAAGCUCGGUCCGGCAAACAUCACAGGACGAUGACGAGGGAGGUGAAAUGGAGGUGGAGGAGGAACGGUGCGUAUCACGGACCGCUACCAGUCCCUUCCGUCCGUGGGCUCCCGAAGCAGGACAUACCGGACAUGGUCCGGGAGUGGCGACGACGGCGGCGGCGGCUGCCAGCUUCCCUCAUCCAGCCGAUCUGCUCGUCCGGCAUCCGGCCGUAACGACGCUACAUCGACCACCAUUCAGCACGAGUCCACUCGACCAGCAGCAGCAGCAGCAACCGUUGGCUUUGGUGGCCAAGAAGAGCUCAACAAACGGAGUGGAACACUCCCACGGUGUGGCGGUGCCAUCCCGGGCCCCUCAAUCACCUGCUCGGCGUAUCUCCGAGUGCACCUCUCACUCGGAAGAAGAUGGCAGUGAGAUGGCCCUUCAGCGCAAGCUACAAAUGUUACAGCAACAGCAGCAUCAUCACCUCAACCACCAUCCGCAUGAGGAGUUUGUGGCCCCGCACGUACCACCAUCGAUCGACGAUGGACGCUCCAAUGAUUCGAUGACGGAUCAUGAGCACCAGCAGCACCAGCAUGGCCAUGGCAAGGGUUCCUCAGCUUCCUCCUCCUCGGCGCAGCUCCACUCGCGCAACUACAAAAACAUGACGCGCGAACGGCGCAUCGAAGCGAACGCCCGGGAGCGUACGCGCGUCCACACGAUCUCGGCCGCCUACGAGAAGCUGCGGCGCGCCAUACCGGCCUACUCGAACGCCCAGAAGCUGUCGAAGCUGUCGAUACUGCGGAUCGCCUGUUCCUACAUCCUCACGCUUAGCCGGAUGGCGGGCGAGGACUACAGUGAGGACGCGUCCGAACCAUCGAUCGCCGACUGCGUCGCGAUGGUCACGCAAACCAUCCAGACGGAGGGCAAGAUCCGCAAGAAGAAGGACGAAUGAGAGCAGUGGGCGGGCGAAGGUAGCGGUGACGCUGGUGACGGUGCAGUGCAGAGCACUGCCCGCGGAACCCGCACUCCCGAUCGCUUAUUAUUUAUUUUUAUGUUUUAAAACAACGGCACAAACGGCAUGGAAUGCGAAAUGCUGCCCUGCUCCCGUAUGAGUAUGUCUCCCGCCAUUGAUUGGCGUACGAGUGUACGACGGGGAUGUAGUUCGAUAAGCAUCACUAGAAGGUGGAUCCAGAGUAGAUUAAGGCAACUAUGGAAAGCAAAAUAACGAGCGAGUGUGAGACAGAAAAGGAAAUAGUACAAACUCAACGACCUCUCAAAUGCGUCCUAGAGUAUAGGUUGUCCAACCGGAGGUAGGUUUCGAAGAGCAAUAUUUGCAUUCGCCAUCCUUUUGACAAUAAUCAACGGAACAGAAUCAGCAGCAGCAGCGGCAGUAAAUCAAUACCAAAAGAUGCGCAUCUUCUCCAAGCGGUGAAAUGUGGCCAACAAGUUCUUACAAAGUGCCAUAUACAGACACAGACAUACACAAUUGACAUCGCAACAUAGGGGAUGUUGUUAAUGGAGUAAGUAGAAGAGAUAGGUUCGUACAGUGGUGAACACCGGGGGGCACAAGACGUAAAAUGUGUGAAAUGGUCACCGGAAGACCAGGCGAUGUAACUACGGUUCAGUCAAGUCAAGUCAAGUCAAGUCAAACCACAAGUCAGUGUCAGUACAAGCAAAGAAAACAAAGAAAAAAAAAGAAAAGAAGAAAUAACCCGCAGAAGGAGUGGCCAUAGUGUUGUUUACUCGUAAAACUAGGAUUUGGUGGCCACGACAGGCACAACAAUUAUCGCGCACCAGGCACCAUCGGGGAUUAGUCACGGCCUUUUUGGGGAGAAAGCUGUCCGGUGGGAGAGUUCGCGCAUCCCGGGCGCCCGGACCGUGCGCGAGCAUUUGAAUUUACGUGUGUCUGUGUGUUUGUGUGUGUUUGCGUGCGUGUGUGCGUUUGACCUUUUUUAAAACAUUCUUUUUUUUUUUGUUGUAAACUCCGUUUUCACUUCCUGAUACUCGCUGGUUAAAAGUCAAUAUACCGCUGGGUGGGUGAGGUACGGUCUUCGGCAGAGGAAGAAGACUGAUUCAUCGAGUGUGAACCGAGCGAGACGAUGAAGAUGAAGGGGCCUGAGUAAGCGGACAUUAGUCCAAUAACUUAGAAAUCGAAAAGAGAAGAGAGAAGAUACAGCGAUCGGUGGGGCGUUGGUCGUUCGUUUCUUUGUAAAUAUACUUUAAUAAGGCUCGCAUUAUAGUUAGGGUAGCCAUGUAAGAACCUCGAAGAAUGUUGUACACUCUUUCUUAAGCGCAGAGCAGCGAUAAUAGGACGGAUGGGCGGAGGGAUAGAUGGAUGGAACAUUGUGAUCAAACCGCUGGUGAAAACGUGAAAAAAAUGGAUCUUUUAAGAAAGCACACUACAAGUUUGUUUACAAAGAAAAUCGCGAAAUCGUUGAACGUGGCAUAAAGGAAUAAAGGACUAUUUUUGUAUGAAAACAUUUAUAAA